AUGGGUGGUGAUUCUUCUACGCAAACUGUUCAAUCCUAUGGUCGCCAAAUAUUCCAAGAGCUUCUUAAUGAUAAUUUGCUUGAAAGAGCGCGGCUGAUUGAAUUUUUAUUAUAUGAAGAAGGUGUUGAAGAUUUUUUAGUAACUUUGUCAGAAAAAAUUUGUCAAAUGGCAUUAAAUUCUGUUCUAUUAAAAAAAAGCACACAAUGGCUCACAACAUGGUCAACAAAUCUGGAAAAUAGAUUAAAUAAUUACAAAUGCGCGGCUUAUAUGCUACUUGAAAAAACUAUAAGAAUUACGUUUAAACAAGCACAUAGUGAACAAUAUCAUAGUCAGCUCAUUUUGAAUUAUACAGAAUCGUGGACUGUACCUAAAAAAAUCAUUAGCUUAAAACUGGCUGAGUUUACAAAAAUUAUAUCAUGCCUGAAUGUUCUUAGCUUUGAAGAUAUAGAAUAUGUAUGUGAUACUCGUUCAAAGAUGACAACGAUUAUUCCAGGGGCCGAUUUUAUUCAAUUUAUGUAUUAUUUAGAGUCACUCAUCCUUCAGUUAUUUGAAAAAUAUAUUGAAUAUGGUCCAAAUAUUUUAAUUUACAUCAACAAUAAUCUCUUAAGCAAUCAACCUUUAAAAGAGCAGUUUAAUAACCUUUUGCAAAUAGCAUAUAAGAUUCAAUCUGAAAAUCAAAAAUUACUUUCAAAAUCUAUAUAUGACCAUAUUCAAUUAUCAAAAGAGACUGAGGACUAUCUAUUGGCACGCUUGAUCAAGAUUUAUAUGAGAAGUAGACAACGAUCUUGGCAACAAUUUAAAGAAUAUAUUCCAGAAAAAGGUUCAUCUAGCUUACGAGAGAAUGUCAAGGCAAUGAAUUCAGAUUUAAAAAAUGAUGCAACAAAAGAGAAUAAGCUGAAAAUAAA